CAGGGAAUAGCAAACCAGUUAAAGUCAGCUUGGUCACGUUUUUGGACCGUGAUGUAAAUGCACAAUAAAACUGAAGGCGCAAAAUGCAGACAUUCAGUAUGUUGCCGGUUACCUUUAUGUAAUUUGAGCACUAGUACUGAGUUAAAACAUGCUACUUAAAAUUAAGCAUUUUCGUGUCCAUAUGAAAGCACAAUAUGCACAUGUGCUCUUUUUUAAGGUAAUGCGCGCGCCUGGCAAUUAGCAUCAGUUGACAAAUGCUCACAGACAAUUUGGGGUCAAGCUGGCACAGUCCUUAGUUACAUUUGUUGUUUGUUCUUUCACGGGUUCUUUGUGGUCCAGGAGGUGUUUGUGUUUGAUAUUCACUGCGCUUUUUUUUCUUUUUUCUUUUUGUGGUUUCAAAACAAUCCGCGCAGUGGCUGGCUUUAUUCACACGGAGUCCCAGAGUAAACUGCACUGACAGAGCCUACCAGCCUGAAGCUCAACUUGGGUAUCAAUAGAACUACAUCGUUUUACUGGGCCACUGGACCCAUCUCAUAAAAUGAGACCAAACUGUGUUAUUUUCAUUUUUAUUUGGUCUCGGGCUGCUGCGCAACGGCGUUUUGGAGCGCCGCGGGUACACCGUGCGUCCCAUCUCUCUUUACAUGCUUUUAUUUGGAAGAGAGAAAUAAGCGCCAGCGCCGGCAUAAACACACUGGCAGACAUAUCUUGUUUCUGCAAGCUCUGGUUGGUUGGGCACACCGUCAUAUUCACAUGGAUGUGCCUGUCAGAGAAAAUAUGGGCGGGCGCAACAUGGUGACGUGGAGGUCUGGAGAGAGGCGCAGUUGGAUAGACAGUGCUCAGGCAACAGCUGAAAUGAACAGUGAGUGGUGUAGUGUGUGUAUGCCUCUGGAUCUAAUAUCACCUACCUGUCCUUGUCACUCUGAUAGUCAGGCGAGGUAGCCGCUGUUUUUCACCGAUGCUAUGGCAAAACUCAAUGGCCUAUUUUAAAGCGUUUUCCAAUUUAAACACAAAGAAGGCUUUAUCUCAACCGCAAGAGGAUCCGCGAGGUUGUGCGUUUUUUGGAGAGCUGAGCACAUUCCGCAGUCGGACUUUCCGCCUACCCUUCCAGUACUAAAGGUUGUGCGAUCUUUUACCGAUGAACUCUAUGAGGGAUCCAUUAAACAUAGACCAUCAUCACCUAACAGGGAAUAAACUUGCCUCCACACACCACACGGCUCUGGCGAUGGCCUCUAGUUUGCAGCCACUGCAGCGGUCUGUGGACUCUAAACACCGGUUAGAAGUGCACACUGUGUCGGACACAUCAAGUCCGGAGUCUGUCGAAAAGGAGAAGAUACAAAAUAAAAAUGAAGACUCUUCAGAUGACCCUUCCAAAAAGAAGCGACAGCGGCGGCAGAGGACUCACUUCACCAGCCAGCAGCUGCAGGAGCUGGAGGCCACUUUCCAGCGGAAUCGCUAUCCGGACAUGAGCACAAGGGAGGAGAUAGCCGUGUGGACCAACCUUACGGAGGCCCGAGUCAGGGUGUGGUUCAAGAAUCGGCGAGCCAAGUGGAGGAAGAGGGAAAGAAACCAGCAAGCAGAGCUUUGCAAAAACGGCUUCGGGCCGCAGUUCAAUGGACUCAUGCAGCCCUACGAUGACAUGUACCCUAGCUACACAUACAACAACUGGGCUGCCAAGGGCCUCACAUCUGCCUCUUUAUCCACAAAAAGCUUCCCCUUCUUCAACUCCAUGAAUGUCAACCCCUUAUCCUCGCAAACCAUGUUCUCACCGCCCAACUCCAUAUCCUCUAUGACUUCCAGCAUGGUGCCAUCGGCGGUCACCGGCGUACCGGGCUCCAGUCUCAACAGCCUCAAUAACUUGAAUAACCUCAGUAACCCGUCUCUCAACUCGGGGGUGCCCACGCCGGCGUGUCCCUACGCCCCUCCGACCCCUCCUUAUGUGUACAGGGACACUUGUAACUCCAGCCUGGCCAGCCUGAGACUGAAAGCCAAGCAGCACUCGAGUUUUGGAUACGCCAGUGUGCAGAAUCCGGCCACUAAUCUGAGUGCUUGCCAAUAUGCCGUGGACAGGCCAGUCUAAUACCUACCUGCACUGCAAAAAAUAAUCAUCUUAGCAAGAUAUAAGAGGCUAGUAGGGACGCUUACAGUUACAUUUUUCUCUAAAGACAGUGGGCAUCUCUGGUGGUGCGAUUGUUAUAGACUUUUUUGCGUGUAUCAAGAUUUUGUUUUUUAAUUUUUUGGCGAGCUUUGCCAGUUGGAAUGUUACUUGCAGUAUUCCGACCCUUUUUCUUAAUACACUGCCACUUGCUCCGGUAAAAAUCUAAAAUCUUAUAGGAAACAUGUGGGAUUAUCCCAUCGCAUCACAUUCAUUUUCUUUCUUUUGAAGGGGCAAAUGUGAUUUGAGGGUGAUUACAAUCCCAGAUAGCUUGCUAUGGUGGUCAUUUUUUGCAGUGUGAGGGUAAUCACAAACAGCCGGCCACAGGAACAAGAGACUACUACAAGUACUUUUUCAUUUUUCAAAAAGGGCACUAGAAGACUGAACCACUGAAACAAGCUCAACUACAGGUCGGAGUCAAACUGAAAUGGGACUUCUUAGGUUUGUUCCCCUUUUGAUGAGUUCAGGCCUGCUUCACACUGCGCCUCAGCGGAAAAGAAAAAAAGAAAUAAACGGAGAAAAAAAAGAAAAGAAAAAAAGGCCUGUUUUAUUUUUCAUAACUCCUCAUAAGGGUUUUCUGGUGGAUUUUUGGACGGUACCUAUUGACUGAAAAGGUUGUAUAUAUAUUUGAAUUAUCAUCUCCUGUUUGUCGAGGCGAAUGCGCUAUAACCCCACGUCCUCUCCAGGUUCAAUUUAUCAACGCAUGUGGAAAAAAAUCUCUAAAAAGGAAUCAUGUUUUGCUUGCAAACAAAAGGGAAUGUACAUACUAAAACGCACCAGUUGUGUGUUUCUAACAUAUUAUAAAUUUAUUAUUAAUGUCUGUGUGAAUAUCGAUUUAGAAUAGCAAUUCUGGAUUAAAAAAAAAAGUUCAAAU